UUGGCAGGUCCGGAGUCCCGCCUCUUCCGGUUCCCAAGCCUGACCUUCCUGUCGCUGGGCCGCGCGCAGAGCCGACAUUGAGGCGUCCUCGCGAUUCGACCCGACGCGCCCCGCGCUCGCGACAUCAUGGUGGCGUACUGGCGACAGGCUGGACUCAGCUACAUCCGAUACUCCCAGAUCUGUGCAAAAGCAGUGAGAGAGGCACUGAAGACAGAAUUCAAAGCAAAUGCCGAGAAGACUUCCGGCAGCACCGUAAAAAUUGUGAAAGUGAAAAAGGAGUAAUCUACCCUGAUUAAAGCUUGAAAUGCUACAUUUUCCGAGGUGAAGAUGUGUGGGUACAUGUUAUGGCAGAUUGAAAACGAUCUCCCUUCAUGGAAAAAAAAAAAAAAAAUCCCUGUCUUGUCCUAGGUUGACAAUGCCAAUAAAUUAAAGUAUGGUUCACUCUCA